AUGAAAUUGGAUGUCAUUAAACAAUUUUCCACACGUUCGGAGAGGGUCAAAGGAAUUGAUUUCCAUCCCACUGAACCUUGGGUUUUAACUACCUUAUAUAAUGGUAAAAUCGAAAUUUGGUCUUACGCUACCAAUACAUUAGUUAAAUCAAUUCAAGUAACUGAUUUACCUAUUAGAGCUGGUAGAUUCAUUGCCAGAAAAAACUGGAUUGUUGUUGGAGGUGAUGAUUUCCUCGUGAGAGUUUACAAUUAUAAUACAGGAGAGAAGAUCACUCAAUUUGAAGCACAUCCAGAUUAUGUUCGUUGGAUUACUGUUCAUCCAACUAAAUCUUAUAUUUUAACUUGUAGUGAUGAUACAACUAUUAAAUUAUGGAACUGGGAUAAUAAUUGGAAAUUGGAACAAACUUUUGAAGGUCAUCAACACUUUGUUAUGUCAGCUAACUUCAAUCCAAAAGAUCCAAAUACUUUUGCUUCAGCUUGUUUAGAUCGUACAGUUAAAAUUUGGUCUUUAGGAUCAUCAGUUCCUAACUUCACCAUGGUAACUCAUGAUGCUAAAGGUGUAAAUUUUGCUGAUUAUUAUCCUCAAAGUGAUAAACCUUAUUUAAUUACAUGUUCUGAUGACAAAACUAUUAAAAUCUGGGAUUAUCAAACCAAAUCAUGUGUGGCUACUUUAGAAGGUCAUUUAUCAAAUGUUUCAUUUGCCAUGUUCCAUCCAGAAUUACCUUUAAUCAUUUCUGGUUCUGAAGAUGGUACUGUGAAGAUUUGGAAUGCUAAUACUUUUAGAUUAGAAAAAUCAUUAAAUUAUAGUUUAGAAAGAUUAUGGUGUGUGUCAUUAUUGUCUAAAUCUAAUUUAGUUGCCGUUGGUGGUGAUUCUGGUUAUGUGAUAAUAAAAUUAGGUAACGAAGAACCAUUAUUCUCAAUGGAUUCUAAUAACAAGUUGAUCUACAGUAAAAAUUCCGAAGUUUAUCAAUCAAUUUUAAGACCAAAUAUGACUGAAGGAUUAAAAGAUGGAGAAUUGAUUUCUUUACAACAAAGAGAAUUAGGAUCAAUUGAAGUUUAUCCUCAAUCAUUAAACCAUUCACCUAAUGGGAAAUAUGUUGCAGUAGUUGGUGAUGGUGAAUAUAUCGUUUACACCGCAUUGGCUUGGAGAUCUAAAACUUAUGGUAAAGCCCAAGAUUUAGUAUGGAAUUCUCAUGAUUUUUCUAAUAAUUGUUCAUUUGCUAUAAGAGAAAGUUCAUUAUCAGUUAAAAUUUUCAAAAAUUUCCAAGAAGAAUUAACUAUUGAUUUGAUUUAUCAAGCUGAUAAAAUUUAUAGCGGUUAUCUCUUGGGUAUUAAAUCUCAAGGAUGUAUUUCAUUCUAUGAUUGGGAAUCAGGUACUUUAGUUAGAAGAGUUGAUAUUGAUGAUGAUAUUCAAAAUGUUAUUUGGUCAGAUAAUGGUGAAUUAUUAGCUAUUAUUACAUCAUCAAGUGCUAAUGAUUCUAAUGGUAAUUCAAACUCAAGUAAAAAGUCAGAUGAAACUUAUUUCUUAAGUUUUAAUAAUGAAAUAUUCCAACAAUCCUUGGAAAACGAAGAAUUAGAUCCUGAAGAAGGUUGUGAAUCAGCUUUUGAAGUUUUAUAUACUUUACCAACAUCAGAAUCAAUCUUAUCAUCCAAAUUUAUUGGUGAUGUUUUCAUAUAUACAACAGCUUCAACUAAUAGAUUGAAUUAUUAUGUUGGAGGAGAAGUUAUAAAUUUAGGACAUUUUGAUCAUAAAUAUUAUAUUAUUGGUUAUAGAUCAGGAUCUGAAGGUAAAUUAUAUUUAAUUGAUAAAAGUUUUAAUGUUGUUUCAUGGUUUGUAAAUAGUGAUGUUUUGGAAUUACAAACUUUAGUAAUGAGAGGUGAUUUAGAACAAUUUUCAACUAAAGAAUUUAUUGAUGAAGAAUCAGGCGAAUCAUUACCUGAUGUAUCUGAUAUUGUUUUAAAUGAUUUAUCAGAAGAAUAUAGUCAAUAUUUCAAGAAUUUCAAUAAAACAGAAUUAAAUCAAUUAUCAAGAUUUUUUGAAAAAUUAGGUUAUUUAUCAGUAUCAUACGAAUUAUCACAAGAUUUUGAUUCCAAAUUCCAAAUUUGUUUGAGUAAGAAUAAUUUAACUAAAGCUUACGAUUUAUUAUUAGAAAAUCAACAACAAAACCCUUCAACAAGUUUAGGUAAUUCAUCAAAAUGGAAAAAAUUAGGAGAUUUAUCAUUAAAACAAUUCAAGAUAAAAUUAGCUCAAGAUUGUUUCUGGUUAGCUAAUGAUUAUUCUUCCUUAUUAUUGUUGUUAUCAUCAUCAAAUAAUAAAAGUCAAUUAAUUAAAUUAGCUGAAAAAUGUGAAGAAAGUGGUAAAUAUAACAUAGCAUUCCAAUGUUGGUGGAUAAUUGGUGAAAAAUCAAAAUGUCUUAAAUUAUUGGAAAAAUCAGAAAGAUUUACUGAAGCUUCAUUCUUAGGUAAGAAUUAUGAUAUUGAAGGAAAAGAAGAAACUGUUAAAUUAUGGAAAGAAAAAUUAACUACUUUAGAUAAAUCUAAAAUAAGUGAUAGAUUAAUUGUAGAAUUUGAUGAAGUUAAAAUAAAUAACGAAAAGGAAUUGAUCGAUUUAAAUGGUGAAGAAGUCGAAGCAUAG